CAAUGGAAUGCCAAUCCCCACCUGCUUCGAUUCAAACUCUUGCGUGCCUCCCAGUCUAUUUUGUUUCCUAAAAUCCUUAAGCCGUAUAAUAUGCCAUAAAGUCCUGCAAUAUUUAACGGUUCAGCACCAUAAGAAUAAAAUUCGAGAAUUUUGUUUUUUCGGGAAGGGCGUGGGGGGGAAUUGUCUUCCUAUCCGUUGGUUAUCUUCUGAGAAGCAACGGAAGCCCAGAGAGUGGGACCUGAGGAAGGAGAAAUGGGGUUCACUGCAAGGAAGAGCUUCGGGCCGAGAAUGUGCAUCAUCGCCGCAUGCAUGGGUCUUCUCGCUAUGAUCGUGGUCUUUGCCGGAGUUGCAGCCGCCUCUUCGUCUUCCCAGUCCAUUGUGGAGACUCUUCCCGGGUACCCUGGGAAGCUGCCCUUUAAACUGGAGACUGGAUAUAUCUCGGUCGGGGAUAUGGAGGAUGUGGAGCUUUUUUACUACUUCAUAGAGUCGCAGAGGGACCCUACUGCUGAUCCGCUGAUGCUCUGGUUCACCGGCGGCCCUGGUUGCUCCGGCUUCUCCGCCCUCGCUUAUGAGAUCGGUCCGCUCACGUUCAAUUACACGCACUACACCGGAGGCUUACCAUCACUUGUCAUAAACAAGUACGCAUGGACCGAGGUUGCAAAUAUAAUUUUCAUCGAUCAACCCGUUGAAGCGGGAUUCUCGUAUGCAACUACGCUCGAGGCAAGAAACUCCUCUGAUACUAAGGCAGCAAAGGAUGCUUAUACUUUCCUCAGAAAGUGGCUGAUCAAUCACCCGCAAUUCCUCGGGAAUGAACUUUACAUUGGGGGUGAUUCGUAUUCCGGUAUCAUCGUUCCUCUUGUUGUAACACACAUUUUGGAAGGCUUGGAGGCUGGUUUGACGCCCAAGAUUGCACUCCAGGGAUACAUCCUUGGGAACCCAGUGACCGAUGACUACACCGAUCAGAAUUCAAGGAUCCCAUAUGUUCAUCGAGUGAACCUCAUCUCCGAUGAAUACUAUAGGGAUGCCAAAGAGUACUGUGGAGGCAACUACGUAGAUAUAAAUGAGAACAACACGGAGUGUGUGACCACGAUUUCCACCAUCAUGGAUUGCCUUCUUCAAAUAAACCUCUGCCAGAUCUUGGAACCACAAUGUGCAUUCGCGACGCCUAAGAAGCCGGAAAAAUUGGAAUGGGACAUGAGGGUUCAAGAAGCUGAAAUUGUGACCCACCUCCAGUCAAAUGAUCUUCCACCCCCGCCGUUGAAAUGCCGGGGCUACCAUUAUGUGUUUUCAUACAAGUGGAUGAAUGACAAAACUGUCCAAGAUGCUCUUAAUGUUCGACCGGGGACUGUGGAGAACUGGAGCAGGUGCCCCAGAUCCUUUCCAUACUAUACACAAGAGCUGAGCAGUGUUGUUUCAUACCAUAGGAAUCUCUCUGCUACGGGUCUCCGUGCUCUUGUAUAUAGUGGUGAUCAUGACAUAUCUCGUCCGUGGAUUGGUACGCUGGGCUGGAUAAAGUCCCUGGGUGUGGCUGUGUUCGAUCAGUGGAGGGCGUGGUACCUAGAUGGACAAAUUGCAGGCUACCAAGUGAAGUUCAUGAACGACCAUUUCCGGCUGACCUACGUGACCGUCAAGGGUGCUGGGCACACGGCGCCGGAGUACAAGCCCAAGCAAACGCUGGCAAUGUUUGACAGAUUCCUCGCUCGUUACCCCAUUUAAGCUUGGAUCAGUACCGGAAAGCAUACUUGGCUUUUGAUUAUUAUGAUGAGGUGAAGCAAUUUAUGUUUGAAUCGGAUAAUAAUGUCUUUUAUGUUACUACAUAAACAGAGACAGUACUUUAUUGAAUCAAGUCCAUUAACACGAAUUCUUCGAAGUUACGCACUCA